CUGUUUUAUUGCAGGAUGGACUGGAUGCUAUGGUAUAUGAUUUAGACUUCCCAGCUAUGCGGAAAAAACAAGAACAUUGACAACUUCCUAAAUAGAUAUAAAGAUACGAUAAGUAAAAUCCGAGACUUGCGUAUGAAAGCAGAAGACUAUGAAGUAGUAAAGGUCAUUGGCAGAGGAGCUUUUGGUGAAGUUCAGUUGGUAAGGCAUAAAUCUUCAAGAAAAGUGUAUGCAAUGAAGCUUCUAAGCAAGCUGGAAAUGAUAAAGCGAUCAGACUCUGCAUUCUUCUGGGAAGAGCGAGACAUUAUGGCAUUCGCCAACAGCCCAUGGGUUGUGCAGCUGUUCUAUGCCUUUCAAGAUGAUCGUUAUCUGUAUAUGGUGAUGGAGUACAUGCCUGGGGGAGAUCUUGUAAAUUUAAUGAGCAACUAUGAUGUUCCAGAGAAAUGGGCACGGUUCUACACAGCUGAAGUGGUUUUAUCAUUAGAUGCCAUUCACUCAAUGGGUUUCAUUCACAGGGAUGUGAAGCCUGACAACAUGCUGCUGGACAAGUCUGGACAUUUAAAACUUGCAGAUUUUGGUACAUGUAUGAAGAUGAAUAAGGAAGGAAUGGUACGAUGUGACACAGCUGUAGGAACUCCUGAUUAUAUUUCACCGGAAGUGUUAAAGUCCCAAGGAGGGGAUGGUUACUAUGGACGAGAAUGUGACUGGUGGUCUGUAGGAGUCUUCUUGUAUGAAAUGCUUGUAGGUGAUACGCCAUUUUAUGCAGAUUCUCUGGUUGGAACUUACAGUAAGAUUAUGAACCAUAAGAAUUCUCUUACAUUUCCAGAAGACAGUGAAAUCUCAAAAGAGGCAAAGAACUUGAUAUGUGCAUUCCUUACUGACAGGGAAACCCGGUUGGGACGGAAUGGUGUGGAGGAAAUUAAAAGGCAUCUUUUCUUUAAGAAUGAUCAGUGGGCGUGGGAGACUCUUCGAGAUACUGUGGCUCCAGUUGUCCCAGAUUUAACAAGUGAUGUUGAUACCAGUAAUUUUGAUGAUUUGGAGGAAGACAAAGGAGACGAAGAAACAUUCCCAAUACCCAAAGCAUUUGUGGGCAAUCAGCUUCCUUUUGUAGGAUUCACAUACUACAGCAACAGACAGUAUUUAGCCAAUCCUGCGGAAAGUCCUGAUGACAAUAGAUCAAGCUCCAAAGUAGAUAAAAACUUGGUUGAGAACUUGCAAAAGAGCAUUUAUCAACUGGAAGAACAGCUGCAUAAUGAGAUGCAGCUGAAAGAUGAAAUGGAGCAAAAGUGCAGGAUGUCAAACAUUAAACUUGACAAGAUAAUGAAGGAACUCGAUGAGGAGGGCAAUCAAAGAAAAAACAUGGAAUCAGUCGUGUCUCAGAUUGAAAAGGAAAAAAUGAUGCUUCAACACCGUUUGAAUGAAUACCAAAGAAAGGCAGAACAGGAGAGUGAGAAGAGGAGGAAUGUGGAAAAUGAAGUGUCUACUUUAAAAGACCAAUUGGAGGAUCUCAAGAAAGUUAGUCAGAAUUCUCAAAUAACAAAUGAAAAAAUAAUACAAUUGCAAAAGCAGUUGGAUGAAGCCAAUGACUUUUUAAGAGCGGAGUCGGACACAGCAGCAAGGCUGAGAAAAGGUCAAAAUGAGAUGACUAAGACUAUUGCACAAUUAGAAGCACUAAACCGGGAACUGCAGGAUAGAUGUCGACUAUUAGAAAGUGCCAAACUACAAGUGGAAAAAGAUUUCUUUCAGUUACAGGCGGCCUUAGACUCUGAGCGGAGGGACAGAAAUCAGGGAUCAGAAAUGAUUGGGGACCUGCAAGCUCGAAUGACAUCGCUACAAGAAGAAUUGAAACAUCUCAAACACAACCUUGAAAGGGCAGAAUUGAACAGGAAAGAGGCAUUGGAUCUCUUAAACUGUUCGGAAAAAGAAAAAAAUAAUUUAGAAAUUGAGUUGAAUUACCAACUGAAAACUUUGCAGCAACAGUUGGAUCAGGAGAUUAAUGAGCAUAAGGUGACGAAAGCACGACUGAGUGACAGGCACCAGUCAUUUGAAGAGGAGAAAUCCGUUGCUAUGUGUGAGAUGGAAAUGAAAGUGAAAGCAGAAAGGGCAGCGAAGGAGAAAGCGGAGAACCGAAGAGUGGAGAUAGAGAAACAGUGUUCAAUGCUGGAUUUUGAUCUGAAACAAGCACAUCAAAAGAUAGAGCACCUCGCUCAGCAAAAGGAGAGGCUGGAGGAAGAGGUGAAGCAACUGACACUGCAACUCGAACAAGAGACAAAGAGGAGGUUAACGACUCAGAAUGAGCUGAAGGUGCAUGCGUUUGAAGCUGAUAAUUUGAAGGGAUCAGAGAAACAGUUGAAGCAGGAAAUAAAUACGUUGUUGGAAGCAAAGAGGUUACUGGAAUUUGAGCUUGUUCAGUUAACCAAGCAAUAUAGAGGAAAUGAAGGUCAAAUGAGGGAAUUGCAAGAUCAAUUGGAAGCUGAGCAGUACUUUUCCACUCUGUACAAAACUCAGGUGAAAGAACUGAAAGAGGAGGUUGAAGAAAAGACAAAGCUAAGUCAGGAUUUGGAGAAGAAAGUGGUUGAAUAUCAUAAUGAGAAAGAAACUGUUGCUGCCCAGUUGGACCUGGCAGUUACCAAAGCCGAAUCAGAGCAGCUUGCUCGAGGGCUUCUAGAAGAACAAUGUUUUGAGCUGUCUCAGGAGAAUAAGAAGCUCUCUUCAAGAGUCAGGCAAGAUGUCAUAGAGAAGGACCAUACCAUCCGCAAGUUGGAAGAAACAAACGGCACAUUAACCAAAGAUGUCCAGACGUCAACAAAAGAAAAUGGUGAUCUGAUUGAGAAGGUUAAGGCACUGGAAGAAGAGUUUAAGGUGAAACAAGAGGAAAUUAGUGCCAUGAAGAUUACGUAUGAGAAGAAUAUUAACACUGAAAGAACACUUAAGACCCAGGCUGUAAAUAAACUGGCUGAAAUUAUGAACAGGAAAGACUUCAAACUGGACAGAAAGAAAGCGAACACACAAGAUUUGAGAAAGAAGGAGAAAGAAAACCGGAAGCUGCAGUUAGAUCUUAACCAGGAGAAGGAGAAGUACAAUCAAAUGGCUAUGAAGUUCCAGAAAGAGAUAGAGGAGACAUUAUUGCAACUUACUGAGGAAAGCAUCUACAAGAAUGAGCUUCAGAUGCAGCUAGACAGCAAAGAUAGUGACAUUGAACAGCUACGUGCUAGACUGGCAGAGUUACAGCUCCGUAUGGACUCUACAAGUGUUGCCAGUUUGCAGCCAGACGAAGCAGAUGGCAUGAUAGGUGUUGAGUCUACCUGCAUUCCUUAUUUCUUUCUCUCCUAUUCUUGUCUUAAUCCGAAUCAAGAAUUGAAGGAUGGCUCUCUAUACCCAACAGAGGGAACAUUAAAAGGCAUGGAUGGAAGAAACAGUAUGUCGUGGUUAGCAGUAAAAAGAUUCUGUUUUACGAAGAUGAGCAGAAUAAAGAACAGUCCAACCCAUCAAUGGUACUAGACAUAGAUAAGCUUUUUCAUGUCCGCCCUGUUACACAAGGAGAUGUUUACAGAGCAAAUACUGAUGAGAUCCCGAAGAUAUUUCAGAUACUGUAUGCCAAUGAAGGGGAAUGCAGGAAAGACCAGGAAUUGGAACCAGUACAGCAAGCUGAGAAGACCAAUUUCCUUAGCCACAAAGGACACGAGUUCAUCCCAACACUCUACCACUUCCCCGCAAAUUGUGAGGCUUGUUCCAAGCCUUUGUGGCAUGUUUUCAAGCCACCCCCUGCACUGGAAUGCCGGAGGUGCCAUGUUAAGUGCCAUAAAGACCACUUGGAUCGAAAGGAGGAAGUCAUCGCCCCUUGUAAAGUGAGCUAUGAUGUGACAUCUGCAAGGGAUUUGCUUUUAUUGGCCUGCUCUCAGGAUGAGCAGAAAAAAUGGGUGACACAUUUAGUAAAAAAGAUACCUAAAACCCCACCAUCAAACUUCGUCCGUGUUUCCCCAAGAACAAUGUCUACUAGGUCAACAAACCAGUCCUUCAGAAAGCCCCCUAAGUCUGGGUCAGGGAAAGCCAGGUAA